AUCCCCUCGCUCUGCAAGCUCAGGAUCUCUCCGCCCCGCCCCUCGCCCCGCCCACACACCUCGCCCCGCCCCAUGCUUGAGUUCCCGGCCUCGGGUUCCGGCCUUUACGACAGUGCGGGCGCUUUCCGGCCUGCCGCGCGGGUGUUGACGUGUCGAGGAGGCGGAGCCUAAGACAGCGAAGUCUUGGGACUCCACUCGCUCGGACCUAGCUGCACAGGUUCAUCUGUCCCUGCAGUCAUGGCUUUGCACCGUGGCUCUGCACGGGCCGCUACCGCUUCAGAUAAAGUACAGAAAAACAAGUCUGCGCGGACAUCAGGACUCAGCCAGGGCAGCCGCAUGGAGAAACUUUUGGGGUUUGAAUGGACAGAUUUAUCUAGCUGGCAGAGUGUCGUGACCCUGCUUAACCGACCAACGGACCCUGCAAACCUGGCUGUCUUUCGUUUUCUCUUUGCAUUCCUGAUGCUACUGGACAUUCCCCAGGAACGCGGCCUUAGCUCCUUGGACCGAAAGUAUUUGGAUGGGCUGGAUGUGUGCCGCUUCCCCUUGCUGGAUGCCCUGCGCCCACUUCCACUUGACUGGAUGUAUCUUGUCUACACCAUCAUGUUUCUGGGGGCACUGGGCAUGUUGCUGGGCCUGUGCUACCGGCUAAGCUGUGUGUUAUUCCUGCUCCCGUACUGGUACGUGUUUCUCCUGGACAAGACGUCAUGGAACAACCACUCCUAUCUGUAUGGUCUGUUGGCCUUUCAGUUGACAUUCAUGGAUGCAAACCACUACUGGUCUGUGGAUGGCCUGCUGAAUGCCCAAAAGAAAAAUGCCCACGUUCCCCUUUGGAACUACACGGUCCUAAGAGGCCAGAUCUUCAUUGUAUAUUUCAUUGCGGGUGUGAAAAAGCUGGAUGCAGACUGGGUUGAGGGCUACUCCAUGGAACACUUGUCCCGACAUUGGCUCUUCAGUCCCUUCAAGCUGGUGUUGUCUGAGGAGCUAACAAGCCUGCUGGUGGUGCACUGGUGCGGCCUUCUCCUUGACCUCUCCGCUGGCUUCCUGCUCUUUUUUGACGCCUCAAGACCCGUUGGCCUCUUCUUCGUGUCCUACUUCCACUGCAUGAACUCACAGCUCUUCAGCAUAGGUAUGUUUCCCUAUGUCAUGCUGGCCAGCAGCCCCCUCUUCUGCUCAACCGAAUGGCCUCGGAAGCUGGUAGCCCGAUGCCCCAAAAGGCUGCAAAAGCUGCUGCCCACCCAAGAUGCUCCUCGGCCUAGUGCUUCCUGUGUGUAUAAGAGGGCCCGUGCCAGAGCUGGUCCAAAGGUGGGGCUGCGCCACCAGCUGGGAGCUGUCUUCACCCUGCUCUACCUUCUGGAGCAGCUCUUCCUGCCGUAUUCCCAUUUCCUCACCCAGGGUUACAACAACUGGACAAAUGGGUUGUACGGCUAUUCCUGGGACAUGAUGGUACACUCCCGCUCUCACCAGCAUGUAAAGAUCACCUAUCGUGAUGGCCUCACUGGCGAGCUUGGCUACCUUAACCCUGGGGUAUUCACACAGAGCCGGCGAUGGAAGGAUCAUGCAGACAUGCUGAAGCAAUAUGCCACUUGCCUGAGCCUCCUGCUUCCCAAGUACAAUGUCACUGAGCCCCAGAUCUACUUUGAUAUUUGGGUCUCCAUCAAUGACCGCUUCCAGCAGAGGCUCUUUGAUCCUCGCGUGGACAUCGUGCAGGCUGUCUGGUCCCCCUUUCAGCGCACACCUUGGGUGCAGCCACUCUUGAUGGACUUGUCCCCCUGGAGGACCAAGUUACAGGACAUUAAGAGCAGUCUGGACAACCACACCGAGGUGGUCUUCAUUGCAGAUUUCCCUGGUCUUCACCUGGAGAAUUUUGUGAGUGAGGAUCUGGGCAACACUAGCAUCCAGCUGCUGCAGGGAGAGGUCACAGUGGAACUGGUGGCAGAACAGAAAAACCAGACUCUUCAGGAGGGAGAAAAAAUGCAGUUGCCUGCUGGAGAGUACCACAAAGUCUAUACUGUAUCAUCUAGUCCUUCCUGCUACAUGUACGUCUAUGUCAACACUACAGAGGUCGCCCUGGAGCAAGACCUGGCAUAUCUGCAAGAAUUAAAGGAGAAGGUGGAGAACGGAAGUGAAACAGGACCUCUGCCUCCAGAACUUCAGCCUCUUUUGGAAGGGGAAGUAAAGGGGGGCCCUGAGCCAACACCUUUGGUCCAGACCUUUCUAAGACGGCAGCGGAAACUCCAAGAAAUCGAACGCCGGCGAAACAGCCCUUUGCAUGAGCGACUACUGCGCUUCUUGCUGCGAAAGCUCUAUGUCUUCCGACGCAGCUUCCUGAUGACUCGAAUUUCACUCCGAAAUCUGCUCUUAGGCCGCCCUUCCCUAGAGCAGCUAGCCCAAGAAGUGACACACGCGAACCUACGACCCUUUGAACCAGCUGAUGAGUCCAGUGCUUCAAACCCGAACCCUUCAGAGCCAGAUGCUGAGCAGGUUCACUCUGAGUUGUGACAAGUCCAGAUGUUCUGUGGAGGUGUGGGGACAGCCUGUUACAGGUUUGCUGCCUGUGCAAAGGAUAUUUAUUGGAGAAAAAUCAUCUAUUUUGAGACAGGCUUUUACAAUACAGCCCAGGCUGGCCUCAAACUCAUAGUAGUUCCUCAGCUUCAGCCUGAGUGGUUACACAUACAUCACCAAACCUAGAUUUUUCCUUUUACAUUCCCCAUCUUAUAAGUUCUUUACCAUGAUAGCUUAUAGAAUCCAUGGCAGAGAAGAAUUUGAAGAUUGAGGGCUCUUUCUAGGAGCAAUAUGAACUAUCCCCUUACAGUAAAGGGUUUUUUGUUUUGGUUGUUUUCCUCCCCAAGACAGGAUUUCUCUGUAUAGCCCUGGCUGUCUCGGAACUCUCUUUUGACCAGGCUGAGCUUGAACUCAGAGAUUCACCUGCCUUUGCUUCCCAAGUGCUGGGAUUAAAGGUGUACACCACCACUGCCUGGUUUAUAAAAGCCAUUUUUAAGCUGGUUCUUUAGGAAAAGGAAUGUACUACAAUGAAAAUAGCUGAACCCAUGUGUUUGCUAUAUAUUUGGUACUGUUUGAAGCAGUGUACCUGAAUUAUCACUCAGUACUUUAAGAAGCAUUGGUCUUACAUUCUUAUUUUACCUUUGGAGAAAGGAAAGCAAGUGAAAUUUACCCAGAGGCUUCUAGGAGUGGGUUGACAACUUGAACUGAAAUCUGUUGGACUGAAGAUCAUAUACACUGCUUUUAAUGGUUUUCAGAACCACUGACAGUAUAGCUUAACACUUGUGUUAAUCUAAGUGAUUAGGACGGUCAGGUACUAAAUGCACAAAGUAAUUUAUAUUUACAAUUCCUCUUUAUAGCAAGUCUUUCAGUAGCAGUGGUAUCAGAAUAGCACUACUAAAUAGGGAAGCCAGAUGGCAUGCUUUAGUACAAAUCAGCUUAGUGAAUGGCAGCUCUCUAAGCCAUGACUGAGUCAUAAGCCUUGAGCUUUUCCUUUUGUUUUGUCAAGGCCCAUCAUGUCUUCUAUUUUUAUGUCUACUAUUGGCCUAGUCCUUUACCCUUUAUACUGGAGUCAGUCUCGGGAUAGACCAAGGCAGGUCCACCACCUUUGUUUUGCACAGGCUGGGCCCAAGUAUGGAGACUAAAAGUUCAUCGUAAUGCAUACAAAGCAUUGUAUAUAGGCUACUGAUGGCCAUGCACAGGGCUCUGAUCAUUUUCUCAACAGGAAAAACACUAGUUUGCAUUCUUCUUCGUGAUCUUUUAUUACAGUAACACCAUGACUACAUCUUGGCACUAUGUCCUCUCCAAGUUCAGCUAUUUCCUUGUUUCCUUAACCUGUUACCUUUGACUAGCAAGAAAAGGGUUUUUGUUAGGAGAGGUGUCUUUCAAACUUGUGCUGAGAAAUGAACCCAGGUUUUAUGCAAAGUGGUUUGUAGAAAGAUGCUGCUUCCACUUACUACCUGACUCUUCCCAAGAAGUGUUGGGAUGAUAUCAGGUAGACAGGAGGGCAUUACUAAUAAUUUAAGUUGCUUGGGGCUAGAGAUGGUUAGCUUACUGUGCAUGUUUGAUCCUCAGCACUGUGUAAGCGGGGCUUUGAUACAUAUCUGUGACUUCAGCACAGAGGCAGAUCAGUUCAAAGCCAGCAUGGGGAAAAAGCCAGCAUGGGGACAGGUUGAAGGAAGUUUAUUAGCAUUGCCAGAGAAACUAGGCUCUCCAGCUAUAAUUGUCCUAGCAAUGGAUUGUUUAGUUAUUUUUAAAAGCCCGGGGGCCUAGCUUUGUACAUGUAGCAAAAUGAAAAAAAAAAAAUACAAAUUUCCUUUCAAUGUUAAGAACUUGUACCCCAUGUUACAAGUAUGCACUUCAUCCAUGUCCUUAGCCCUGAGCCCCCGCUUCCAUGCUUUUACUUUUUCUACUGUUCUAGUGUUCAUGUACCUAGUAUUUUUAGGACACACUCUCCUAAAUCACUGCAAUAGCUUGAGGCAGAGAUCUCAUAAGCACAUCUACGCAGCUCAGCAAUUUUGAGAUAGCCUCACUUAGGCCAGGUUAUCCCCAAAUUCUGUAGCAGGGGAUAAUCUUGAAUUCCAAAUUGGCUGGUAUUGCAGUUAUUUCCAUGUUUGGACUUUCAGACAGGGUCUAUUAUGUAGCCCAGCUGUCCUAGAACUGUGUAUCAGAGGCUAGCUUCAAACUCAAAAGAUCAGAGCACAGACGUGUGCCACUACAGCCAACUCAGCAAUUUAAAAAUUCUCCAGAGCUGUUCUUGCUACUAAGUAACAUUCAUGUCAUUGCUGUCCUUAGCCAACAAGGUUAUUCACAAUGGAAUGGCAUCUAAAGACUUGAGAUGGAGAAUCACUAAAUAACCCAAGUGUGCUGUCUCUGGAAUGCUGGGAUUCCAAGCAUGAGCCAUUGAACCAGAAAGGGUUUCUAGGCUCUUUGAAAUCACUAAACCUUUACCAGACAAUACAGUAGGUUUUGUUUGCCAUAAAUUAAAGCUGUACUUUUGGGAAAUUUGUUCCAUUAUUUUAAUAAACUUUAAAGUCUCUUAA